AUGGCGGCACAAGCCUCAAGGAACCUGAAGGAUUCUCAAGGCGUCACUCCGUCCCCAGCUGGCUACGUUUGGAGCGAGAGGCUAAAUCUAUCUGGCAGCAGUAGCCCUGCCGACUUGCGGCCCAGCAACUGCCCCGGCCUGCUUGCCGUUGCUUCCAGCCACGGCGCCGUCACCCAAUCCGCCAACGGCCCUGCUGCGUACGGCAGCUGGGUCGUAUUGGCGGUGGGCCAGGAAGACCGGCACCUGGCCCUCUGGGAGCUACGGCCGAGUAGCAGUAGCGGCAGCAGUAGCGGCGGGAACGCGCCCAAGUGGAGCAGCCGGCGUCUGGCGUUAGAGGGCGUGCCGCCGCCCCUUCGCAACGGAUACGCACUCACUUUGUCCAAGGACAGUUUGUUCGUUGUGGGCGGUCAAGAUGCCGUUUGCCACCGCAACGAUAUCUUCUUGUUUAACACGAUCACAAGCUCUUGGAGCAUGGUGGCCUCGCAUAGCAAUCCCGUGCCGCCUCGCAGCGGCCAUGCCUUGUGCGCCAUAGGGCCCAGGAUCUACAUCAUCGGCGGCGAAGGCAACGCGCCGCCGGCGCCGCCGGCGCCGCCGCCGUCGCUGCCGCCAACGCCGGAGCAUCAUCAGGAUCAUCAGUUCGAGGAUGGCGAUGGCACAACGGCGGCGGUGGCGGCGGCGCGGGAGGGCUCCGUUGGAGGUGCCGCGGCGGCGGCGCCGCCGCCGCCGCCAAAGGUGCACGACAAGCUAAAGGUGAAGAAGGAGGUUCAGACUGGCGCAUGCAGUGGGCCGUACGACAGAGCCGACGCUGAUCAGGCGGACAGUCAGCACUCCACGCAGGAUGACAACGAGUCCGCGGUCACCGGCAGCGGCGCCGCCAGGAGAGGCAGCGGCGGCGGCAGCGGCAGCGGCGAUGGUGGUCGCGUACGACAUCAAGUGCGAAUGGCAAGGCAUUUGGCAUCGCCGACGGAGGAAGCCGCAGCUGUCGCAAGCGCGGCGGCGACGAAGGUCAACCGACCCAUGGGUCGCGGUGGCAUGGCCGUCGUAACUGCAACCGCCGCCGCCGCAGGCGGCGAAGUCGGCGUCGGCGUCGACGGCGUCGACGGCGUCAACGGGGCCGACGGUCACGAUACUGCGGACGAUGGCGGUGAUGGCGAUGACGUGGACGGCGGCGGCGGCGGCGGCGGCGAUGACGGCGGUGACGGCGGUGACGGGCAAGGACCUGCAAGGUCCGGACCCCCCGCCGAUAAGGCCCGAUGGGCUCCCGACGGAAGGGCCGUGGACAGCACUGGUGAGAUAUCCCGCGGUGCCGCUGGCGCCACAGCCGCCGGCGGCCGUACGAAAAGCAUCGGCGGCGGCGGCGGACCCGCCGCCGCUGCCGACGGCUGCGUCCCGGCGCUCCUAGGCGACGUCUGGUGCCUGGAUCUCGCCGCCGCAACACUCAGCAAAGUGUACGACGACGUCGACGAAGGUCGACCGGCGGCUUCGGACGGCCCUGACAGCGCCGACGCCGCGGCAGCGGACGCCACCGCUGCCGCUACCGCUGCCGCUACCGCCGCCGCCGCCGCCGCCGCCGCCGGCUCUCUCCCUGCCGCCCCUCCCCGUCGCAGGGGGCACAGCGCCACAUGCCUGGGAGGCUGCAUCUUCGUGUUUGGCGGAGAGGGCGUAGAUGGCGGCUGUCUGGGCGACUUGUGGCGUUUCGACCCCCGUACCACCAGCUGGACGCGCAUGCGGGACGUGGCCGCCGCCGCCGCCGCCGUCACCGUAUCCGCCACUGGCGGCGGCGGCGGCAGCAGCAGCGCCGGCGCCGCCGCCGCCGCCGCCACCGCCGCCGGCCGGCCCCCGCCGCGCGCCUUCCACGGCGCUGUCGCACUGUCCCCGUGCCAGAUGCUUGUGUUCGGCGGGCGAGACUCGGGGGGGCAGCCGCUGGCGGACGUGUGGGUUUUGGGCAUAGGGCCUGACGAGGCGAUGGGGUGCAGAGUGCUCCCAGGGCAGAGACUGAGAGGUCGGUACGGACACAGCUUGGUGGCGUUGCCGUCGGGUCCGGGGGUGCUGGUCUACAGCUUCGGAGGGUACGGCGGAGCUGGGGGUGCUGCCCCCCUGGAGCCGGAGGCACUGAGAAUUCUCCAGGGGCAUGCAGACGCGGCGACGACGAUGGCUGCGGCAGCUUCCAUGCUUGCCGCCGCCGCGGCGCCAGCCUCCGAGGUUGGCGGCGGCGGCGGCGGCGGCGGCGGCAGCAACAGCGGCAUGGAGAGGCUUCUACCAGCGGCGGCGGCUGCGGCGGCAGUGGCGGCGGGCCCGGCGGUGCCGCAGGCGGAAGCGGGUCGCUCGGUCUCUGACUCCCCGGCGGGAAGUGUUGAGGCGGGCGCGAGUGGCGGCGGCGGUGGUCGUACUGGCGAGCCUCAGCCACACAGCGGCACACUCGCCCGCGCGCCGGGCGCGGAGCCCCAGCAGCCCAAGACAGCAGCGCCGCGCCGGCUGUCGUACUCCGGCGGCGGCGGUGUUGGUGGGACGUACGGAACUACAGGCCCUGCGGGCGGAAGCUCAGAAAUGCAGCAAGCCUCCGGCGGCGCCGGCGGCAGCGGCGGCGGUGCUGUCCGGAACCAUCCGCCGGGGCCGCCGCCUCCGCCGCCUCCUCCUCUUGCAUCACCCAGCGGCGCUCCGCAGCAGACACACUUCGCUACCGGCAACGGUCCCAACGGCACCGCCAACGGAAUCGGCGGCGCUGUCAACCGCCGCCUAACCAACACCCGCGAUCCGUUUGCCGCUGCCGCUGCUGCCGCCGCCGCCGGCACGGCGCGCAUCAGUGCGUACGACGGUCGGAGUCCUGACGUCAGCAGCCGUAGCACGGCAGCAUUCAAGUUGUUCGUAUCGGAAUUCCGAGCCCAGCUUAUGUCGUACCGGCAGCAGCAUCCCGAAGUGGAUCUGACGGCGGCGGGAUGCGACCUGGCGGCGGCCUGGGUCGCCCUGCCCCAGGAGGUCCGCACCCAGUUCGAAGUGAGUGCGGCGGCCAUCGCUGCACAAGAAGAACAGCCGCAACAACAACAACAACAACAGCAACAGCAGCAGCGUCAACAAAAGCGAGUGCAACAGCAGCAGCAGCAGCAACAGCAGCAGCCCGGCGGUGGCGGCGGCGGUGGCGCGGGUGGAGAUGACGGGGAACGUGGUGGCGGCGGCGGCGGCGGCGACGACGGUGGUGGUGGCGGCGGCGGCGGCGGCGGCAGCGGCGGCUUGGGGCCUGCUUGGAAACCCCCCGGACUGCGGCGGAAUGGUGGUCGAGUGGUUCCGGAGCCGAUGGCGAAGCGACGUCGGCCAGAGGGACAGGCGCUUCUGGCCGGGCAGUACGGCAGUGGUCCCGUACAACAACAACAACAACAACAACAACAUCAGCAGCAGCAGCAGAAUGCCGUGUAUCCUCAACACAACCCGCCACCGCCGCCGCCGCCGCCGCAAUACCAGCACCACCUCCAACACCAGCACCAGCAGCAGAUGCAGCCUCAGAAUGCUGUCGUACAGAGCAGGGCGGCUUUCCGUGCGAUGCCGUACUACGAGAAUGGCCGUACACUGGCGGCGUCGUUGCCGCCGCCGGCGGCCAUGCCGCCAAUUCAUUUAAUGGCGCCGUCUCCCUGCGAGAUGGGGACAGUUGUCGAGGGAGUGAUUGACGGAAUGUUCAACAGCGGCUACUUAGCAACCAUCAACAUGCGUGGCAUGUCGUACAGAGCCGUACUGUUCAGUCCCGUGUUGGCGCUCUCGCCGUUCGCCACCGCCGCCGCCGCACCUCCGAUGCCGCCGUACCACCACGGCUUGCAGCUGCUGCAUCCGCCGCCGCCGCCGCCACAUCCGCAUUUCCCGCUGCCGUUAUCGUUCGCCAACGGGGAGGGUCCGCCGUACCCCGGCGGCAGCGGCGUGAUGUCGCCGCUGAUGCCGAUGCCAUCGCCCGCAUCGUCCUUUCCCGUGCCGCCGGCGUCCGUGGCCGCGGCGGCGCCGCCGUCUCCGGACACGGCUGGACCCCCAGGGAAGGCGGGGCCGCCGCCGCCACCGCCGCCGCCGGUCCACGUUCUAGGGUCAGCUCCGCUGCCGCCGCCGCCGCCGCCGCCGCCGCCAGCCGCUAUCGGCAACGGCUCCCUGCUGCCGGAGUUUAGGUCGCCAGCCACAGGCCCCCAGCAGCAGCAGCAGCAGCAGCAGCAGCAGCCGCAGCAGCCGUCAGCGAACGAGACCGCUGCAGCCUCGGCGCUUGCCGCCGUCGCCGCCAGGGUCAUGUCGGAGCUUGGGACUCAGUUCAGCCGCCCGACGGCGGCGGCGCCGCCGCCGCCGCCACCACCUGCCUAUGCCAGCGGCGGGCCCGUCGCCUUUGGCAGUACAGCGCAGGAGUACGACAUGAUACGCGUAUAUCGCCCCUGUGCCGGCCCGAGUGGCGGGUUAGCUGUGGGAGUUAACCAGAGAAUUUCUGUUGACGGUAGCGGCGGAGCUGCCGGCGGCUCAGUACAGUACGACAGCCGCACUGCAGCUCAGGUGUCAAAACCUGAAUCGCCGCUGGUCGUAGUGCCGCCGCCGCCGCCGCCGCCACUGAACCUUCCGUCUACGGCGCCGCCGCCGCAGGCAGCGGCGGCAGGGGUGCAGCCGCCGCCGCCGCCGCCGCCACCACCACAGGGCCUCAACAACGCCGUUGGCACGCAUGAUCAUCAUCAGCAGCAGCCGCCACCGCCACCGUCUACACAAGGUGCAGCGAGCGUGCUUGCCGCCGCGGCCGCAGCUAUGGUAGCGGCAAUGGCAGCACAGCACCAACAGCACCAACAGCACCAGCAGCAGCACCAGCAGCACCAACAGCAGCACCACCCUCUCUACCACCACAAUCAGCAGCAACCGCAGCUCUAA